CGGUGGCAUGGGCAAAAUUGUAUUUUUGCAGUGGUUGUGGGUUGAGAGACAUUGAGAACUGCUGAGUUGUCAUGUCUUUUCUUUUCACGAUCCUAUAUCUUAUCUCAAAUCAAAUCUGAAUCCCCUCCAACUAUCCUCUUCCAACUCUCAGUAACAUUUAAUAUUCGACCCACACAUUAUAACCACUAUCCUCUUCCAACUCAAAACCAAAAUAAUCUUUUUUUGGAGGAACAAAACCAACAGAAAUUUAAAGAACCAGAACUGGUGAAUUUUCUUCCCCUCUCUGUUCCCACUAUUCUCCCCAACCAAACAGAAAUAUGAAAAUAAUAAAACAGGGCUUGCAGACAAUUUUAUUUUCUAUGGCAUAAUGAAGACACUGGCUAUCAAAUGGCAUGAACAAGUACAUUGGUGUGCCUCAUUCCCAUCCUCUCAUAUGCCAAUCUUCAACCCCAGGAAGAAAAUUGAAGUGAUAAAGGUAACUAAAGCAACCAGCUUAAGUUCAGAGUCAAAUGCAAAGAAAGCAAAUUUGUGUGCUGCAAAGAAGGAAAGAAUUAAGCUGCCAAAUCAUGAUGAUAGCUCUGGUGGCAAGACUUUUCACAUUAGUGAGUUUCUCAGCCACCAAUCAGGAAUUGAAGCCAUGCUUAACACCAGAGCCUUAAAAAGCUUUGAAUCCCUUGAUACUGAUACUUACAGAUGCACCCUGCCAAAGCUUCAGCUUUUGAAUUUUGAAGCUGCUCCUGUGCUGGACUUGAGAGUGACCCCAACAAAUGAAGAUUGUAUAGUUGAGAUGCUUUCUUGCAGGUUUGAGGGUUCAGAAGCCGUGGAACGCCAAAACAGCCAUUUUUCAGCAUUUAUGAGAAAUCACAUGUCGUGGGACACAAAUGACUCUGAAUCUUUUUUGGAGGUUGAUGUGAAGCUAAACCUCACUCUUGAGAUUUAUACACGCCCUUUCACCAUGAUGCCAGUAUCAGCUGUUGAGCGUCCUGGAAAUUUUGUGAUGACAUGCAGAAUGAUGCAAGCCUUAGUGGAUAGGCUGGUGCCAUUGCUUCUGCAGCAACUACUACAAGAUUACAGCAAAUGGGUUGUUGAUAAGCAAGCAGUUGGAUGAUCUUCCAUCCAUUUCUGCAAACAGAGAUAGAUGAGUAAAACAAAAGAAGACAGAAUGGGGAGUCGUAGUUUCCAGCCUACGACGAAAAGUAAUCCCUUCUGCAUCAAUCUGAACAUUCAACUCUACUUUCCGGCGACAUUAUUUCAAGUUGCGGUCAUUCUUUUGGGGAGGAAAUUGUUAACUUGCAGCUUAAAUUUAGGUCUAAAACUAAAACCUCCCCACAAUAUCCUUGAUCCUUAUGAUGAUGUCCUAGAAUUUUGCGGAUGGAUAUAAAAUGUGUUAAAAUUCUCGAUCAAGAGGAGAUGUAAAUUUUUAGUUGUCAUUUUCGUCUGUAUAUCUUAAGAUGUAAUGUAAUAACAUUGUUAGUUCAUCAAUUUAUGACAUUCAAGUUAGAAGGA